GAGCCGCGUGACCCGGAAGCACCCUCGAAAUCAUUUCCGGGGUCGUGGCCCGGCUGCAGCGGCAUGGGCAAGAAGAAGGCCGCGGCGGCGGCGGGGCUGGGCCGGGCCCUCGCCCGGGAGCGAAGGCAGGGCCGCGGGGGCCGCCAGGCCGGAGAGCGCUGGCUGCAUACAAGCGAAUUACAUGAUGGGUCUGACUGGGGAUGCCUCAACCUUCAGUCGGUUACUGAGCAGAGCUCGCUGGAGGAGUUCCUGGCCACAGCCGAGCUGGCCGGAACUGAAUUUGUGGCAGAGAAGCUGAACAUCAAACUUGUUCCUGCUGAGGUUCGGACAGGUCUGCUGACAGCAGAAGAGACCAAAAAGGUCCAAGAGCUCCAUGAACAGAACAAGCAGUUCUUGUCCAUCCCAAGGAGACCACAAUGGGACAAGCAAACCAGCCCUGAAAUGCUGAGCCAGGCAGAAAGAGACAGCUUCCUGGCAUGGAGGCGCCGGCUUGCGCGACUGGAGGAAGAACAGAAUCUGCUUUUGACUCCAUUUGAACGCAACUUGGACUUCUGGCGACAGCUUUGGCGAGUCCUUGAAAGAAGUGAUGUUGUGGUUCAGAUCGUGGAUGCCAGGAACCCCCUCCUCUUUCGGUGCCAAGAUCUGGAGCGUUAUGUGCAAGAACUAAGCCCUGAGAAGGAGAACCUCAUUCUGCUCAACAAGGCAGACCUGCUGAGCAAGGAGCAGCGGUCUGCCUGGGCCCGCUUCUUCGAGGGGGAAGGCGUGAAGGUGGUCUUCUGGUCGGCCCUGCUGGAGGGCGGAAGGCUGGCAGCUUGCUUGAAGGAGGCAGAGGCUGCGGCCCAUGGCAGCCAGCAGGGACAGCAGGCUUCCAGCCCCAGUGGAGGGAAUGGGCCUGACCGCCGCCCGUGUCCUGGGAGCGGGGGAGAGCAGGAGAGCAGCGAGGAGGACCAGAGCGACGUGUACGAGGACUGUGAGGAGGAUGCCUGGCUGACCUGCUCCGAAGACGAGCGGGGCGGGGCCCUGGCUGGCUGCCCCGGGGGAAGCAGGACGGCGCUCCAGAGCCUAGGAGCCCAGCAGGACCGGCCCCUCAGGAACAGCAGCCACUUGGUGCCAAGAGAGGAGCUCCUGGAGAUCUUUAGAACGGUUCACGCUGGGAAGAAGAUCCGCGAGGGGGAGCUCACUGUGGGGCUGGUCGGCUACCCCAACGUUGGGAAGAGCUCCACUCUCAACACCAUCCUUGGGCAGAAGAAGGUCUCCGUGUCGGCCACCCCGGGCCACACCAAGCACUUCCAGACGCUGUACGUGGAGCCGGGCCUCUGCCUCUGCGACUGCCCAGGCCUGGUGAUGCCCUCCUUCGUCUCCACCAAAGCAGAGAUGACGUGCAGUGGGAUCUUGCCCAUCGACCAGAUGAGGGACCACGUCCCCCCCGUUUCCCUCGUUUGCCAGCGCAUCCCCCGGCAGGCCUUGGAGGCCACCUACGGGAUCAACCUCAUCCGGCCUCGUGAGGAUGAGGCGCCUGACCGGCAGCCCACAUCGGAGGAGCUGCUGACCGCCUACGGCUGCAUGAGAGGCUUCAUGACGGACCACGGACAGCCGGACCAGCCCCGUUCGGCCCGCUAUGUUCUGAAGGACUACGUCAGUGGCAAGCUGCUGUACUGCCACCCCCCUCCUGGGCUUGACGCCACAGCCUUCCAGCGCUGCCCCAAGGGGAUGGCUCCCCGCAGAGCCCCAGGGCAUGACGCUGACGUGCUGCCUGGAAGGAAUCCCAAGGCCAAGCAGAUUGAGAACCUCGUGGACAAGGCCUUCUUCCAUCAGGAGAACAUCCGGGCCUUGACCAGAGGCGUCCAGUCUGUGAUGGGCCACAGAGCAGGGGCCAGCCCCCAGCCGGGGCCAGCAGGGCCUGAUGCCGAGGACGGGCAAGGCAAGCCCUGGAAGAAACACGGCAACAGGAACAAGAAGGAGAAGCUCCGCCGCCUCACCAAGCACCUGGAAGCUUAGCCAUGGGGCGGGGGUCAUGUGAGCCCGGGCCCCCUCUGGCUGGGGGCUGGGCAGAGGGAGGGAGGGAGGGCUCUGCUCACCAGCAGCAGCAGCAUGCCCGGGGGCUGCGAACUGGGCGGAAGUGCCUGCAGCUCCUCUGCCAGAGCAGAAUAAAGGUUUCUUACGUUUCCA